AGGAUCUCAAGGCCCAACUCCCCAAACCACGGAGACCUGUGGACAGCUCACCCAGCUGCAAUGGCUGCAGGCUCCCGGAUGUCCCUGCUCAUGGCUUUUGCCCUGCUCUGCCUGCCCUGGCUUCAAGAGACUGGUGCCCUUCCAAGAAUUCCCUUAUCCAGGCUUUUUGGUGACGCUAUGCUCCGUGCCCGUCAGCUGCACCAUCUGGCCUUGGAAACCUACCGGGAGUUUGAAAAAAAUUGUGUCCCGAAGGAACAGAAGUAUUUCUUCCUGCGUAACCCCGAGACCUUCGUCUGCUUCUCAGAGUCUAUCCCAACACCCUUCCACAAGGAGGAAAUGCUGGGAAAAUCCAACGUAGAGCUGCUCCACAUCUCCCUGCUGCUCAUCCAGUCCUGGCUUGAACCCAUGCAGCGCCUCGGCAGUAUCUUUGCCAACAGCCAACUGCAUAGCAUCGUGAACACUGAUGUCUAUGAGUACCUGAAGGACCUAGAGGAAGGCAUCCAAACUCUGACGGGGAGGCUGGAAGAUGGCAGCCCCCAGACUGGGGAGAUCUUCAGGCAGACCUACAGCAAGUUUGACAGAAGCCUGCACAACGAUGACACACUGCUCAAGAACUACUGGCUGCUCUUCUGCUUCCGGAAGGACAUGAGCAAGGUCGAGACAUUCCUGCGCAUUGUGCAGUGCCACUCUGUGGAGGGCAGCUGUGGCUUCUAGCUGCCAGGUGGCAUCCCUGAGACCCCUCCCCAGUGCCUCUCCUGGGCCCAGAAGGUGGCACUCCAGUCCCUCCAUCCCUGUCCUAAUAAAACUAAGUUGCAUC